AUUUAACCAAAGGAAGUGACAGAAUAAGCAGCAGAGGUGCUGUAUGUGAAGCUGUCUCAGUGAGCACCGGCCCUGUUGCACUUAUCUGAUGCUGCCGGUGAAACCACCAUAUUCAGUGCAUCAUACAAAAGAAGGACAUCAUGGCCUCCAGAGUCCCUCUCUUCAUCUUCUGUUAUUUUCUCUUCCUAAGACUAACAGAGACUAACAUCAAUGCAACAUCACCAACACCAUCAACAGUUGGAUCAACACAGUCUGUCCACUCUACUACUACUCGAGCUGGUGGGACGUCUAACCCCACUGAGCAACAGAGGACAUCAAAUACAUUGACCACUUCCAAACCCAUCAGCAGCACUACACUUGAAGGUAAGACGUCUAACCCCACUGAGCAACAGAUGACAUCAAAUACAUUGACCACUUCCAAACCCAUCAGCAGCACUACACUUGAAGGUAGGACGUCUAACCCCACUGAGCAACAGAUGACAUCAAAUACAUUGACCACUUCCAAACCCAUCAGCAGCACUACACUUGAAGGUAGGACGUCUAACCCCACUGAGCAACAGAUGACAUCAAAUACAUUGACCACUUCCAAACCCAUCAGCAGCACUACACUUGAAGGUGGGACGUCUAACCCCACUGAGCAACAGAUGACAUCAAAUACAUUGACCACUUCCAAACCCAUCAGCAGCACUACACUUGAAGAUCAUCAGUCUAAAGGACAGUCUCUGAAAGCUACAGGUACCAAAUAUCUCUGGUUUUUGGUUUGUUUGGUGUUUGCAGCUGUGGCGGUGGUAAUUUACUUCAAGUGUUUUAAAGCAAAGCAUCAUCCAGUUGAGACCAUGAAUCAUGGAACAGAGAAUGCUUCAUUCCAAAGGACAGAGAGUAACAAAGAUGGGGUCAUGCUUUUGGGAGUCAAAUCAGGAGGGGAGGAGAAUGCUGCAGCAAAAUAAGCAGGCAAGCGAAGUGACACAAGCCAAAAAUAUCAGAAGAUUCAAAAGAUGAAGACCGCACACUUCAGUGAUCUUCCUUUGGAAUGAAAUGAAAUGAAGUGACAUGGUUUACAUUUAAUAUAUAUGUAGAAAGUGUAUUGGCAAACUCAAUAAAUAUGAACAAUGACUACUGCGCAAAUGAUCAUUUUACUGUAUAUGUAUACAGCACUGCCAAGCCGCCACUGUUGGGCCCUUGAACAAGGUCCUUAAGCCUCUCUGCUCCAGGGGCGCUGCAUCAUGGCUGACCCUGUGCUCUGACCCCAGCUUCCUGGGGUAUGUGAAGAAAAGAAUUUCACUGUGCUCUAAUGUAUAUGUGAUUAAUAAAGACUCAUUAUUGUGAGGCCUUUGCUGGAAAUAUACUUCUGUUAUUUUCUGUACAUAAAAAGUUUGAGACGUGCCAAUAUAUGUAAUACUUUUUAAAACAUAAUCAUUUGAUAUCAUUUAAUUGAACAGUUUUCAUUUGCAUAAAGGUAGAUGUUCCUCAAAUGUGUGUAAAGAUGGUGAGCAAGAACGCUUGAAAGCUGAAUUGAUUUUUUUUUUCUCAAUAUGGCAUAUUUUACUGUAAAAUUAUUGAAGCAAUUCAGAAAUAUGUCUAGAGAAAAACAUUAACGCAAAAUAACAUGUUAUUUUCAUCCCCACACUGUGGUGAAUAGUAAAUGGAUUCUCCUUUUAUCACUUUUUCCAGUUUUAUCAUAACUUUUAUUCACUGGAUUCACAACUAAUAGAGCCUACAGCGUGUAAGACAUCCUUUCAUUGCAACUUGUUUUAACUCUUACAAACUUUUUUUUUUCAAUUAGCAUUUUUACAAAGCAUUUGUAAAUAUUGACAUGUGGACAUUUUAGACACAUUAAGGUUGACACACCCAGAUAUUCUCAUGCUUCUGUUUUUAUAUUGGAAUUGUGUUCUUUAGAUUUGUGCACUGUUUUUUUUUCAUGUACUCUUAUCUCAUUGUAUUUUAAUAAAAGACUUUGUGCUCAAUGUG